AUGAAUAACUCACCAAGUGCCUACUAUGGCGCCGGCCCACCCAUGAUGAACCCUCCGCCCCCACGCAUCUUCGGUAGCGGAACCUUUGACCCGUCGCAGAUGCCGCAGGGCCCAAUGUUCGCCCACGAUGACAUGGAAGAGCACGAGAGUGGAGGCGACCCCAAGAGACGGCGCAUCGCAAGGGCGUGCGACAUGUGCCGGAAGAAGAAGAUCAAGUGCGAUGGUAAGAUGCCUCAAUGCACACACUGCCAGAACUACAAGACGGAAUGCAUCUUCACUCAAGUGGAGAAGAAGCGGCAGCCACCAAAAGGCGCCAAGUAUAUUGAAGGUCUCGAGAAUCGACUCGCCCGAAUGGAAUCCUUGAUGCGCUUGUCUGGAGUCCUUCCCGACGAGGAAAAUGGCACGACCGAUUUAGCCACGCUGGAAAAACGGUUGGAAGCCAGGGCAGGCCGGUCUGCAACACCCAGAACCAGCAUAGACGAACGCAGGCAAUCAGUGGCACCGCCUGGCUCGACAGCGGAGGGUACUCCCGUACAACCGACGUUACCCAGUCCACAAAGUGGCACGGCCUCGCCAGAGUCUGAGCCGCGACCCAAGAAUGGUGAAAAGGAAAAGGAAAAAGAUGAGGAUGCUCUUGCAGAAAUGAUGUGCUCACUUGUCACCAACAAUUGUGGCGAGACGAGGUACAUUGGCUCCUCUUCUGGCUUUUCCAUCUUCUCACCCAAAGGCAUACAAUGGGUGAACGAAAAAACAGGAGACAACUCCUUCCGCGAUAUGAUUUCAACGGCCGCAGUCGAAGACAACAAAUGGAUACAAUGGCGACCAGACGUGUUCCAGGACAUUUUCAAGCGACGAGCCUACAAAGCACUGCCGCCCAAGCACGAAGCGCUGUCGCUCCUCAAGGAUUAUUUUGAGAACUUCAACUGCAUGUUCCCACUGUUCCACGAACCGACUUUUAUGCACCUGGUCGAUAAGCACUACUCCAAGGACCCUUAUGAAGGCUCUGGCUGGUGGGCUAGUUUGAAUGUUGCCUUGGCAUUUGCACAUCGUCUACGUGUAAUGAGCAAUCUUGUGCCAGCAGAAGAAGACGAAAAGGCGUGGCAAUACCUCAAGAAUGCCAUGAGCGUCAUGGUCGAACUCACAAUGCGCAACACUGAUUUGCUCAGCGUUCAGGCGCUGCUAGGAAUCGGCCUUUUUCUACUAGGGACACCGAAUCCUCAACCUACGUACUUUUUCGUCGCAACCGCUAUGCGACUUGCGCACAGUAUCGGCCUGCAUAAGAAGGGGUCCAACUUCAGUCUGAACGCAGCGGAAGUGGAGCAACGAAGACGAGUCUUCUGGAUUGCGUACAUGCUCGACAAAGAUAUUUGUCUACGAUCUGGCAGACCCCCUGUUCAAGAUGAUGACGAUAUGAAUGUCGAAUUACCGAGCGAAACGCCCCCUGAUAACAUUGGCAACAUACCACUAGCCGAUGGUAAAGGGACCAUGAACCUCUUCCGUCUCAUGUGUACAUUCUCCGUCAUUCAAAGUAAGGUCUACAAGGGUUUGUACUCGGUAAAGGCCUCAAAGCAGACGGAUGGCGAGUUGCUUAAUACAAUCGGCGAACUGGACAGAGAACUCGAAGCCUGGAAAGAUGGUAUCCCAUUGGAAUUCCGGCCAGAACACGACAUCAAAGCCUCUCAUACCCCUCUCAUCCUGCAAGUAGCCGUCUUGCAUCUCGGUUACUACAAUUGUCUCACCACCAUCCACCGCAUGAGUGUACAUCACGGAUACUGGACAAGUCGACUUUCGAAUUUCGCAAUACAAGGAUUGAAUGCACGACCUCUCAACCCAAGAGUCUUCAUGUCAGCCCAGCUCUGCGUGCAGGCUGCUAGAGCAUCAAUUCAUCUCCUCAAGUACAUUCCAAAAGGCGACUUGUCAUGCGUGUGGUUAGUCAUCUACUUCCCAGUUACAGCACUGGUUACACUCUUCGCGAACAUAUUACAAAAUCCACAAGACACUCGAUCGCGCACAGAUCUGAAGCUAAUGAAGUUGGUGGUCAACUUCUUGAACAUGCUGGACGACGAACAAGGAAGCGGCAGUGUAAAACGAAUGUGUACAGUCUGCGCCGAAUUCGAGCGUAUCGCUAGCAUGGUACUGGAAAAGGCAGACCGUGAACACGCAUCACGGAGGAAGCGCAAGCAAGGAGACAGUGAGCAAGAUGCAAAGAUUGAUGCCACAGCAGCUGAACUACUUUCAACGAAUCGCAACAAUUCACAGUCAUCACCUCAGCAAGCCAGCACACCGCAAAACAAUCCACCUGCCUCGGAAGGCAUGAUCUUCAACCCCGACUUCCACGGCUUUAACGAGCCUUUCCCCUUUUCCCCCAACUUCACACAUGCCUCCCUCCAAGCGAAUUCGCAAAUGGGUCAAUACGGUUCGCCUUCGAUGACGGCGCAAAUGCUACAACAGCAACAAAGUCUACCCAUGACAACAGGCGGCGACGUGAACAGCAUAAGUUCCAACAUCAAUGCAAUGGCCAUAAGCCAGUUUGACCAAACCAUCAACAAUGUCCCACAAGACCUAUGGAGGAUGCCCAUGACCCUUGAAUGGGACUGGGCCGAUAUGACUGGUGGCUACACUGGAUACGAGGAUGGCAUCAGCAUGAACGGUGUCCUACCCGACUUUUCAGAUUCGCAGCAUGGGACAAGCGAGUUUAACUCUGGUGCCAUGAAUGGCGGGCGCUGA